AUGGUUGAAUUAGUUUGUGGACUGGAACAGAGAAAAAAACUUGAGGCUAUUCCAUUGUCCAAGGAUGUGAUACAUUCAAGAAUAGUUGAAAUUUCUUGCAAUAUCUUGAAACAGAUCAUCGAUGAAUUGAAAACAUCGCCAUUUCCUUUUAGUAUGCAACUGGAUGAAACUACAGACAUCUCGAAUUGUAGUCAACUUCUUGUUUUUGUUCGUUACGUGUCUGCUGAUACUAUCAAAGAAGAAUUCUUAUUUUGUGAGUCUCUUUUGCAAACUACAAAGGCAGUUGAUGUUUUAGCGAUUUUAAAUGUUUUCUUUUCCAAACACGACUUCGACUGGAAACAAAAACUUCAUUCACUUUGUACGGAUGGAGCACCUGCGAUGCUUGGCAAUAAAUCUGGUUUUGCCCAUUUGGUAAAAAAAGAGGCUUCUAAUGUUAUUGUUACACAUUGUUUUUUAUAUAGACAUGCACUGGCUACAAAACUCUUCCAACCAGCUUAA